AUGGGGUGCAGCAGUUCUGUAGCUGACAGAAGGUCAGAGAAUGUCAUUAGAGCUGCAAUCCUCCAGAAGUGGUACCGCUUUACGAUGGCGCGGCUGGAGAUGAGGCGCCGCUAUUCUCUCAGUAUCUUUCAGUCAAUCGAAUAUGCUGAUGAACAGGAUCAACUACAGCUAUCCAACUUUUUUACAUUCAUGCUGGACCAUUGUACUCAUCCUGAUUCAGAAUAUGGCUGUAAGAAUUUAAAAAAGAUUGAUGUUCCAGACUCUUAUCAUGGACCACGACUCUCAUUCCCCCUUACUGUGGAAGAUGCCAAUGCUCUCCUUCAUGCUUUCAGGAAUGAACAGCUGCUUCAUGCCCGCUAUGUACUGCAGCUGCUAAGUGAAACUAGGAGGGUUCUCAAGGAGAUGCCAAAUAUCACUCAUCUUUCAACUUCCUAUUCCAAGGAGAUAACUGUCUGUGGAGAUUUGCAUGGAAACCUGGAUGAUCUUUUGCUGAUAUUCUAUAAGAAUGGUCUGCCUUCAGAACAAAACCGCUAUGUCUUUAAUGGUGAUUUUGUUGACAGAGGGAAAAAUUCUAUGGAAAUACUUAUAAUCCUAUUUGCAUUUCUUCUAAUCUAUCCCAAUGAUUUACACUUGAAUAGAGGAAACCAUGAAGACUACAUCAUGAACCUGAGAUAUGGCUUCACAAAAGAAGUUUCGAAGAAGUACAAGGACCACUGGAAACAGAUUUUGUGUCUUCUGCGAGAUGUUUUUAGCUGGCUUCCCCUUGCCACUAUAAUUGAUAGCAAAGUCCUUAUCCUACAUGGGGUUUCAGACACUACAGAUCUGGAUUUCCUGAAUGCACUUGAGAGAAAUAAGUUGAAAUCUUUGAUGCGGCCACCAAAGUCAGUGAGAGAUAGACAGGACCAAACAAAGAAGAGAAAGAUCCUUGACAUUCUGUGGAGUGAUCCAAGAAGCCAAAAUGGCUGUACACCAAACAAGUGUCGAGGAGGAGGCUGUUACUUUGGUCCUGAUGUCACUGCCAAGCUGUUUGAGAGGUAUAAUCUGAAGAUGCUCAUCAGGUCUCAUGAAUUUAAGCCAGAAGGUUAUGAGAUCAGUCAUGAUGGGAAGGUUAUCACCAUAUUCUCUGCCUCUAACUAUUAUGAAGAGGGCAGUAACCGGGGCGCUUACAUCAAGCUGAAUCCCGAGCUGAUCCCCCGGUUUGUGCAGUACCAGGUCAGCAAGUUCACGCGCAGGCAGAAUCUCCGGGAGAGGGUAGGUACAAUUGAAUCAUCUGCCUUAAAGUCCUUACGAGAGAAGAUUUAUGCUCACAAGUCUGAACUCACCAGUGCUUUUGCACAAUAUGACGUCAAUGGCACAGGCAGGAUUUCUGUCAACGACUGGGCUGCAGCGAUGGAGUCUGUCCUACAGCUGGAACUGCCCUGGAGGAUGCUGCGGUCUCAGUUAGCACAGAUGAACCCAGAUGGAGAAGUUGACUUCAUGUCAUGUUUUUAUGAUUUGAAAAUGGGUCAACCUAUAAAAGAGGCUCAGCCAGCUUUGGCAGAAACACUGUGCAGAUACAGAAAGGAUCUGGAGAUUAUCUUUAACAUCAUUGACAAAGAUCACUCAGGUAAGUUUUAUUCUCUUGAGGAAUUCAGCCAGACAUGGAGACUCUUCACUUCUCACCUGGGCAUUGAUGUACAGGAUGAUUCCAUUGACAAGUUAGUCCUCAGCAUAGACUAUAACAAAGAUGGCCACAUUGAUUUCAAUGAAUUUUUAGAGGCCUUUCAUGUUGUCCACAGACUUGAGAAAAAGGCAACCUCCUGAAAAGGCAGAACUUCCUGUGGGUUGUCUUGGAAGCUCAGCUUGCUGUCAUUAGUCAUAAAAGGACUGCUCGAUAGGGUCAGUGUGCAAGCUUUUAUUUAGCCCUUCCAGGAUGAUCUGUACCUAAUAAUGGACAGAGGAGAUGAAAACCCACACUUACAGUAUUACUGUGUCACUGCCACACUGCCAGGACCUUUCAAUUUACCCCCUCCUCUUGGUGGCAUCUCCCCCCAUCAGUCUAAUCCAUGAAGAUUGCCAAGGUCGUGCCUACAGCUGUGUAGGAAGAGAAGAUUUGGUAUGUGUCUGUCAGCAGUCCUUAGUGACAGCUGAAAGCAUUGAUCACCACAUGGAACAUAUCAGACCCACUCUGGUGAUGGAACAGGCACAAAGAGGCUGGCUGUGGGGUGUCCAUUGCAGGAAUAGAAAACAGGGAAGAAGCAUCUGGUUAAAACGGGUAGUUCUGUGUUUAAUCUUGCUCUUUGCAUGAUGCAGAGGAAUUAAAUCAUUCCAGAUCACUCUCUUCUCCUUCCGAAAGCUUACACAACUUAGGCACAACUUAGAGGAGUGUGGUUGAAAGGUGUUUACACUUGCACUAAAUUUCCUCUUGCCUCUAGUUACUUUUCCCCGCAUUUGUUGGGAUUUGGAGCUAUGAAACAACCAUAACUGUUUCUGAGAUGAAGCCAGGCUCUCCACAAUGGUGCUGAGCAAUAGGACAAGAGGCAAUGGGCAGAAACUGAUGCACAGGAAGUUCCAUCUGAUGAUGAGGAAGAACAUCUUCACUGUACAGUGACCGAGCACUGGAACAGAAUGCCCAGAGAGGGUGUGGAGUCUCCCUCACUGGAGAUAUUCAAGAGCCAUCUGGAUGUAGUCCUGGGAUAUGUGUUAUGGGAUGACCCCAUCUAAGCAAGGAGGUUCGACUAGAUGAUUCACUGUGGUCUCUUCCAGCAUGACCCAUUCUGGGAUUUGGUGAUUCCAUGAUAACUCGUCACCUAAAGCUAAAUUCACAGCAUGUUAAUGCAACACACGACAGAUCACAGAAUAAAGCUUUAGCUUUCUGAGCAAUGCCUGAGUGGGGUGUCUAUGCAUUUUAUGUUUUGGUACCCUGCCCUGAACACCAUAGAACACUGUUCCUGAAGAUGAACUGGGUUUCUUGUAAACACAUUUUGAUACUACUAAGUCUAAAUAUUCUUGCAUAUAGUUAAACAUAAAUUCUUUACCAAGAAAAGAAAACUGACAAAUUCUGAAAUUGAGGUUUUGGAAGUCAGCAAGAUGGAAGACUCUUGCACUCACAUUCCUGUCUCCUUUCCCUGACUGCAAGUCAAUAUUCCCAUUCCUGCCAGUACAACCCUGUCAAGUCCCAAGGGGGAGAAGUCAGGAGAUCUGGAUCUAAUUCUCUCGCAUCUUCCCCUCUGAAAGCAACAUCAAAUCAGGAGCUUUUUGGUAAGUAUUACCUCAUUCAGCCUCAGUAAAUCCAAUGCACAUAAAGUGCUUUUUUAAUAGAAGUGUUGAAAGUACAAAAAAAGCACUCUUCCAAGUUUAUCAUCCCAGAAUGUAAUAGCAGCCUAAGCUUAAUGCACUGCUGUCUCUCUUAAAUCUUAUUUUCUACUAUUAAAUACAGAACACUUUUCCAAAAGUAUUUUGUAACUUGACAGAUGAACGAACAAACAUGCACACAAUUAUUUCUACUGCCUUGGGAGAAAGAAAAGUCUUUAAUAGGACAAACAAAAUUUACAGUAAAACUUUAAUGGCAUUGGUAAUACAUAAUGUGUAUUUAUAGCAUGCAGUUAUUCUGAUCUAUGCACUGUGAUGAUCAGUCCCACCUUAUUCCAGUGGAGUGACAAAAAGGCUCCACUUCCACUGGCCAAACACUACUGUGUGAUGGGAUCUUGCUUCCCCUGCUGGCUUGCAUGCAGGGGGUGUGAAGUGACAAGGUGAAACUGGACACUGCAGCACUGGAGUCACCCUUUGCCACCUGCCCCAGUAAAGAGGACAAAGCCAGGCUGUACAACAAGACACAGGAGCUCUGGAGGAUGGUUGGCAGUCUCUAGUGUGGAUGUCCCCCACUAAGGACACAUUCCUGAACCUAGCAUGAAUGGGACUGGCCUCACGGGAUCACCUCCUGAGAGGGGAUGCGGACUGAGGUGAGAGGAGCUGAAUCAUUGAGCCAAAGCAGACAGCAGACAGGGGGACUUACUGUGAAACAUCUAAGGCUGGGAAUAAAUGCCACUUGAGACUGAAACUGGGAGUGGGAAAACGCACUGCUGCUGGUUCUUAAAUCUAAACUGUUUGAGCUGAAGCUCUUCUUCUAUAACCUCCAUCCUCAAUCCCUUUUUUAGUCAUGAUUCUAUGCAGAAGCUACUUAAUAUUCCAGAUGUGAGUGGUCCUUUAAGCCUGAAUCAGCCUGCAGAUGAAUGCCAAGUUCUCACUUUACAGCUACAGAUGCCACCACUGGUAGCAUCUCUCUCCUGCUUUCUGAGAACUCUGCUCCUACCUGCUGACCACUCCAAAAAGUGCCCAAGGUUGCACUUGGACUGACCCAAGCUCCCACUUCACUCAAGGCCCUGGCUACUGCCAGAGGGGUGACACAUUCCCACAGUGUCCCAUGCUCACAUGGGGCAGGCCAGGUGUUUCACUACUCCACAGAAAGGGGCUUCUCCUUUGCAGGGCAGCUAAGGACUGCGUGGCUCACCUGCACCUUCCAGGAACAAGCAGGACUCUUUCCCUUAAAAAGGAGACUACAGUUAGCAGGAGAGAAGCCAGAUAAACUUUGUACUCCACCCAUUCGGUUUUCACAGUUAACUGUGGGACCAGCAGCUGAGGGACAUCAGUGAUGCUUUUGAUGUGUCUGCAAGUAAUGUAAGUUUGCC